UUUGUUUUGGCGGUUUUCUCUUGUUCAUGCGUCACAUGUUUUUUAAUGUGAAACAUCAAAGAUAGUUGAAGCAUUAUUAUUAAAUGUGAAUAUAUUAUUAUUUAAAUAACUAGGCAUUAAAAGUUGUCUCAUAUAAAUGUUAUAUAUAUACAAUAAUUAGUGAAAUAAUUAUUCAAAGAAUUGUUUCAUUUUAUAAACAUAAAAAUAAUUGCGCCGGAUUCAUUUUUCGCCAGUGUUCAUAAAUCAUCAUUUUUGUUCUCUAAAAAAAAAACUUAUAUAGGUAUUUCUGUUUUUUUUUAUUUAUCGUUAAAAAAUGUUUUCAUCUGAAUGACACAUUUUAUCAUUUAUUUUGGAAAUUAAUAACAUCUUAAAAAAUUUCGAUUAUUAUUAAUUUUAUUUGAAAUUUCGAAAAGAAUGCACUAAAAUAAAUUUCAAUAAUGGAUAAAACAUUUGAAAUUAUGAAUGAAAAGGAGAAAAUUGAUGAAAAUAAUUGUGAGAAUAUAGAAGAAACUAACGAAAAUGGCAAACGAAAAAGGCAAAUUGAUGAAAAUGAUCAUUCUUCAUUAAAAAAAGCAAAAGUUUUAUCAGAAAAUGAAUUUUCUGAGGAUAAAAAAGAAAAAAUAGAUGAAUCAGAAAGCGACGAUGAAAUGAAACUUCAUGUUGGCGCUGAAACUGACGAUGAAAUUGAUGUGAAAAAUAAGGAAACUGUUAAAAAAUCAGGUGAAAAAAAAUGCGAAAUAACUGAGGAGAAAGAAGAUGAGUACAAGAAAAAAUUAAAGAAAGAAGAUAACAGCGAUAGUGAAAUAGAAAUGGAGAAGAAGAUUGAGAACAAAAAAGUUGACGAUGACGAUAAUUUGUCAGAAAAGAAGAAAAAUAGUGGAAGUGAAUCAGAAGACAGCGAUGAAGAGAAUCAAAAGAAGAUUUCAAGUCAAAGAAAUAAAAAUGAGAAAAUAAAAGUUUCCAAUGAUGAAGAAAAUAUGGAAAUUGAAGAAAAUAUAAAAGAAAAGGAAAACGAUCUUUCAGAAAAUGAUGAUUCAGAAAAUAGUGAGGAUGAGAAAAAAAAUAUCGAAUCACCGAAAAGAAAAACGAAGAUGAUGGUAAAAAAGAAAGAAGAAGAUGAUGAUGAUGAUGAUGAAAGUGAUGUGGGUAAGAAGAAAAAGAAGUUACCUGUGAAAAAACAACAAACGAAAAAAGGAAAGAAAAUACAAAAUUCAGAAGACGAGGAAAGUGAAAUUGAUUCUGAAAUAGAGAAGAAGAAAAAGAAAGCACCACCAAAGAGACAAGCAGCAAAGAGAAAGACAGUAAUGAAGAAAAAAAUUGAAUCUUCCGAUGAUGAGAGUAGUGAAAGUGAUGAAGAAAUAGAAAAAACGAAGAAAUCAAAAGAAAAAUCUUCAAAAAUAGUUGAAAAUAGCGAAUCAGAAGAUAGUGAUGCAAAAAAUAAGAAAAAGAAACCACAACCAAAAAAACAAAUAAAUAAAAAAGUGACAAAAAAUAAAAAUACAAAAAUUGAAAGUGAAGAAGAAAUGGAAAAGAAUAAGAAACAAAAGAAAGAACAAAGUGAAUCGGAAGAAAGUGAUGUAAAUGAAAAGAAAAAGAAAUUACCACCAAAACGACAAGUGAGAAUGAAAAUAAUAAAAAAGAAAAGCACAAAAAAUUCAGAAGACGAAGACAGUGAUGAAGAAAUGAAAGAACAAAAAAAGAAAAAAGUACUUUCUGAAGACGAUGAAGAAGAAAAAAAUGAAAAUAAUUCUGAAAAUAGUGAUUUAGACAAAAAGAAAAAGAAACUACCGGCAAAAAAACAAACGAAAAAGCAGAUAAUGAAGAAAAAAGUCACAAAAGAAAGUGAAAGCGAAGAAGAAAUAAAAGAAAAGAAGAAUGAUAAAGAUUUUUCAGACGAGGACGAAAAAAGUGAAACUGAAUCAGAAAGCGAGGAAGAAAAGAAGAAAAAGAAAGCGCCAAUAAAGAAACAAACAAAAAAGUUGCCAGUGAAGAAAAAAGAAAUAAAAAAGAAGGAAAGCGAAAGUGAAGAAGAAAUUGAAAAUAAAAAAGAAGAACUUUCUGACAAAAGUGAAACUGAAUCAGAAAGCGAGGAAGAAAAGAAGAAAAAGAAAGCACCAGUGAAGAAACAAACAAAAAAGUUGCCAGUGAAGAAAAAAGAAAUAAAAAAGAAGGAAAGCGAAAGUGAAGAAGAAAUUAAAAAUAAAAAAGAACUUUCUGAUAAAAGUGAAAAUGAAUCAGAAAGCGAGGAAGAAAAGAAGAAAAAGAAAACACCAGUGAAGAAACAAACAAAAAAGUUGCCAAUGAAGAAAAAAGAAAUAAAAAAAAAGGAAAGCGAAAGUGAAGAAGAAAUUGAAAAUAAAAAAGAAGAACUUUCUGAUAAAAGUGAAAAUGAAUCAGAAAGCGAGGAAGAAAUGAAGAAAAAGAAAACACCAAUAAAGAAACAAACGAAAAAGUUGCCAAUGAAGAAAAAAGAAAUUCAAACCCCCAAAAAGAAGGAAAGCGAGAGUGAUGAAGAAAUUGAGAAGAAUGUAAAAAAAGAAAUUGAAAAUAAAAAAAUAAAAGAAGAUAAAGAAAAGGACGAAAAAAGUGAAAGUGAAUCAGAAAGUGAUGAUGAGAAGAAGAAAAAGAAAGCACAAGGGAUGAAGAAAGAAAUAAAAGUACCGGAAGAGAAGGAAAGUGAUGAAGAAAAUGGAUUAAAGAAGAAGGAAGAAGAGAAUUCAGAGAAAGACGAAGAAAGUGAAAAUGAAUCAGAUAGCGAUUCAAAUGGAAUAAAGAAGAAAAUAACACAGAAAAAGGAAACAAAGAAAAAAACUGUUAAAUCAAAUUCAAAAAAUGAAGAGGAAGUCGAUAAAGAGAAUAAAAAAAAGGGCAAGCAAAGCAGUAAAAAAUCUUCGAAAAAUAAAAAUGAUAAAACAAAGAGCGAUGAAAAAUCGUCAUCCGAUGAAGAAAACGAAAGCGAAGAGGAAGGUGACAAGAAAGGAAAGAAAAAAAACAAUCCUGACGACAAUGUGAAAAUAAAAUCAUUGAAAAAAUACAUUAGUGCCGCUGGUCUAAGAAUAAAUAAUUAUAAUACAUUUUGGAAAGAUUGCAAAACAAUUAAAGCACGAGUUGAAUUAAUGAUGGAUUAUUUAGAAAAAAAUGGAGUCAAAGGUAGACCGACACUUCAAAAAUGUGCUAAAGCCAAAGAAAAAAGAUUAAUUGCGGCAGAGGUCUCAUCACUCGACACAAGUAACAUCAUUUCAAAAGAACGUGCCACUCGUACUCGCAAACGAAAAUCAGUUUCACCUCUUCGAAGAUCAGAGUCACCACCAGAAGUGACAAGUGGAGUUUUCAAACGUAUUAAAGCUGUCGUUGAUAGUGAUUCCGACUAAAUUAGUUAUUACAAUACAUUUCACUUUUAACUUUACGUCUUGUACAUUUAGAGAAGAUGUUAUUUUGCAUUUUUUUUCCCCCCUUUUUUAUUUACGAGAGAAAAUAAUUUUAUUUUUAUAUUUACAUAAAUGUUGUUUACGUUAUAGUUAUAUAGAAAUAAGUCAUAGACUUAGUUAAAAUAUAAAAAAAAAAUGUUUCAACGUGUUUUUUUUUUCUAUUUAAAAAUUAAACAAAAAAUGUCUUAUAAAACUCAA